UCACACACCCAUCAUCGGGGGUACGUACCCAAGGACCUACCUGCCAAGGUACCUUACCUUUAGGCUAGGAUUAGGCGUCGCUGGGUCCCCCUUGUCACUUCUGGCAUACCCCUGCACGCCCCCCCGACAGUGAAAAAAACUUUUCGACCGUCUGUUGUUGGUGGUCCAAUAUCCUGUUAUUAUUAAACAAGGCCUCUUCGCCUGCCCAACCACCUCCGACGUUCACCUUUUCUACCAAGUUUGGCUUUUGCCAUUUUUUACUGACUCAUCACCUCAAUCGAAGACCAAAUUAUUAUUUGUAUUUGAUUUUUCCUCUCCCACGCGGGAUAAUAACUCUGGACUACAUAGAACGGUCCAGUUUCUUCCAGCACUUUCACCUUUCAGAGUCGACUACCAAUCGACUUUGAUGCCCAAUCCUCCUGGGGGAUAUAAACACCAAAUCUUGACAUGUUCUCUCAAAGAAGACGGUUUUCCUCUCCUCUUCCCACCGACCACAUACCAAGGUGACAGGUGUCCCUUCCUCCAGCGUCACGACACAGGCGCCAUUUAAUCAUUAUAAAGAAAAAUCAAAAGAAAAGCAUAUCACACAAUUUUUAUUAUUUUUUACAUUAUACCAUCGAGUCGCGACGGGGGCGACCACAGAAAAAAACAGGAGUUGAAUCGAAACCAUCGCACGACUACGGCGGAACAGCUUCGCGCAAGAGUCAGGCAGUAUGAGUUACGGGUCGCCAUACGGGACCCCUCUUCGAGGUGGUGAUGCGGGUUAUUUCUACGACGUACAGAGUCCCUCACCAACACCUUCGCCACGUCACUACCCAUUUUACCCAGCUCAGACCCCCCAGCGACCGGCUACCCGAGCUCACGUUCGUAACGCCAGCGCCAAUAUUCCCGACUUCCGACCGUCGACCGCUUUCUCGCCCCGGUACACAAGCACCGGCGAGUAUGCCACCGGCCCAAGCCCGAAUGUGAGUUCGCGAAAGCACAGUUUCUCAAUGGGGUCGCAUCAUACGCCUAGGCGCGAGCGUCGGAGCUCCUUCUCAUACCAUCGGGCCUCUCAUGGGGAUUCCGACGAGGACGAGUUUUUCGAGAUCGAUGGGGUCAGAUGCGUGUUGAUUGCGGAGUCCAAGAGUCGCAAGCGCAGAGAUUCUUUCUAUGCUGCUCCGGGACAUGGCACUGAUCACUACUACCGUUCGCAGGGCAUGCCGUCGUCGUUUUACGAGAAAGAGAGCCGCGAUUACCCACGUUACGAUGAGCCCCCAGCUCGUUCCGCCACGAGGGUCGGUCACCACACCCGCCGUCCGUCGGCAACCGCUGUGCCCAUCCAGCGCCCCGCCACCACGCGCCCUUCUAGUUCGCACAAGAAGAAGCCCGUCGCAUCCGGACCAAGGAAGGCCACGGAAGCAGAUGCUAAGAAGCACAAGAUACCACAAGGGUAUUCAUUGAAGAAUUGGGAUCCUACGGAAGAGCCCAUCAUGUUAUUAGGAAGUGUCUUCGACUCCAACUCAUUGGGGAAGUGGGUCUACGAUUGGACUGUACACUACCACGGCGCGGCUACUCCCAUCGCCGACGUCGCUGGUGAAUUAUGGGUUCUCCUCAUCCAACUCUCGGGCAAAAUAAAGCGCGCCGAAGAAGUUGUACCGGAUGUCAGGACCCAAGCGAAUAGAGAGAUGAUUGAGGAUUUCAUCGAGUCGGGUGAACGCCUCACCGACAAGCUUCGCAUUCUGCUGAAGAAGUGCGAAGCUCCUAUGCUCAAAUCCUCGAGGAGUAAGGAGGCGUCCCACCUCGGACAGAAUGCCGGAGUGGAGUUUGUUAAGACCAUUUUUGGUCGCGAGCGCGAACUUGAGCGCACAGAAGCUUUUAUGCAACAGGUCCGCCUUUGGAAUUUGCGGUUCGAUGCGAACUGCGACGAUAUCCUUAAGAGGCCCAAGCAAUAGAUAUUUGGACUUUAGGAUUUAUUCUUCCAGGACCUUUGCUACCUUUCCGUCGGACCAUCAGGACUCCGGACGGACUAUAUUACCAUUAGAAAAACUGAUUGGAGGAGAGAAGGAUGGCUACGCC